UUUUCAGCGUUGUCACUUUUCAGCGUUGUCCCUUUCCAGCGUUGUCACUUUUCAGCGAUGUCCUUUCCAGCGUUGUCACUUUUCAGCGAUGUCAUUUUCAGCGUUGUCACUUUUCAGCGUUGUACUUUCCAGACCCCAGCGACUUGUUUUCGACUGCUCGUUCUUUGCCUUUUGGUUACUGGCCACAGCGACUUCCGUAGCGUGUUGUUUUUCCCUCGACCUUCUGGCUUUUCCUGGUCGGUCCAGCGUUGUUUUUCCAUCACAUUCCUUUGGUCCGGCUUCUUGCCAUAGCGGUAUGUCCCUCGCUCCCCCCUCUACUAUUUAUUUGAUAUAUGAUUGGCCAUCUAC